AACAGAAGGCGUCUUCCCCAGAGUCACUACAGAAGUCCUGCACACAACUAUUUGGGACAGCUGUGAACUACACGCGCAUACAUUCUGAGCUCGGUGUGAACAUGCGGGGCAAGUUGUCUUGCGAAGUCAAAAACUUUCUCUGAACUACUUGAAACUUUUUUCCCAAGGCGUUUUGCAUCGGGCCAUCCGCAAGUUUUCAACUCCAGGACCCCUCCGGAUCCAAGGACCGACCGAUCUGAGCUGAGAGAAUCCCGUGAUCUGGUGAUCAGUAGCGACACCAACCAUGGGCAGCAAGACUCUUCCAGCCCCGGUUCCCCUCCACCCCUCCCUGCAGCUCGCCAACUACUCCUUUCUCCAGACCUCCAAUGGCUUCCAGCUACCCACGGACCAGGUCCCUGGCAUCUAUAGCUUCAGCGCCCUGCAUGCCGUCCACCUCCAUCAGUGGACCCUGGGCUACCCUCCCUUCGCUCUUCCCCGCUGCACUUUCUCCAAGCUCCCAGCCCUGAUGGACGGCCGCUUCCCCGGCAUACCUUCCAUCCCCAUCUUUCCCCACCUGGUCCAGUCCAAGGACCAGGCCGCUGCGGCCAAUGCCGCAGCUACCGCCAAUGCCGCAGCUACCGCCAUGGGUCUCUUCCAGGGCUCCAAGAGCAAGCCUCAGCCACGCUUCGACUUCGCCAACUUGGCUGCCGCCGCCACCCAGGAAGACCCACUGAAGGCGGAGGACUUGAGCAUAAUGGGGGCAGUCGUCACCACUUCCCCUCGCCAUGGCGGGCUAGGCUGUCUCAUGGACAUAGCCAAGCUGUCAUCACCCGAGCGCAAGCCCAGCCGCGGCCGCCUGCCCUCCAAGACCAAGAAGGAAUUUGUGUGCAAGUUCUGCGGCCGCCACUUCACUAAGUCCUAUAACCUGCUUAUCCAUGAGCGGACGCACACGGACGAGAGGCCAUACACCUGCGACAUCUGCCACAAGGCCUUCCGGAGGCAGGACCACCUCCGAGACCAUAGGUACAUCCAUUCCAAGGAGAAACCGUUCAAGUGCCAGGAGUGUGGAAAGGGAUUUUGUCAGUCCAGAACUCUAGCUGUCCACAAAACGCUGCACAUGCAGGUGAAGGAACUAAAGCCAUCCAAGAUUAAGUGAUAUCAAUAAUUAAAAAAGAGGAAUAGGGGACACUGGAAAGAAUAAAAGCAAAGACAUUUUUUAAAGCAAAUUUAGGCAUUUAGCAGACGCUCAUAUCCAGAGUGAUUUACAGGAGAAAUUAGGUUUAAGUGCCUUGCUCAAGGGCACAUGAACAGAUGUUUAACAUAGAACAUCUCUGAACUUGAACUGAAGUUUUCUGACUGAAAAAGUGAAAUGUUCACCAACAUUUCACACCAGCCUCUUGAGCUCAUCGUGGGGAACGAUUCUUCACAGAGAUUUGAAAAUCCUGGAUCUCUAUGAUGUAUCCAGACAAUUUCCAGGAGCACCUUGGACUAUAACUAAGUUGUUUUUUCCACGUUUAGUUAAGAGAGAAUUGGGCUAAAGGACUUAGAGGCUGUGUAUUGGUUGGGCAUGAUGAAACCCAUUGGGGCGAAUGGAUCAUACAUCAUGGAUGUAUGGAAUGUGAUCCAGAUCUUUCGGACAAACUUGACCUCUCAGACAUUCCGAGAGACUCUCACUUUUGAUCCCCACAUUUUUUAAGGGACAUUUACGUGUCUAACAGUCUUUGUAAAAUUUGCUCAUUUGGUUACAGCCAUGUCAGCAUAACUGCCUUAUUUCUAUUUCGAAGCUCACAUUCCAAUGUUAUUUUUGUACAGAUAUCUUUUUGUAUAAUUGUAUUUUUGCACUUUAACCUGAUUAUUGAUUAUUUACAUAUAUCACUGGAUUCCUUAAACUUAUUUUCUAAAAAUAGAUAGUCAUUUUCUAAACAAAAUAAAUAUUGUAUAAUUGA